AUGCCCCCAGCCCGCCGCAAGACGGCCAUGGCUGCCGCCCGCGCUCGCAAGGCCACCCAGGCCGCCGUCGAAGUUGACAGCUUUGUCCUUCCGGUCCAUGUCGUCCGUACGACCUUUACGAUGCCAGGACGAGUGUGGGAUGCCGACAUUUUCCACCACGUCCAGCAGUACUGCUUCUCUCACCACCCCGGUGCUCACGUCGAAACCACUCACCUUUUCCCCCGAGGCGUCGAGUUUCACGUAACAGCGUGGCGCUCGGACGAGCUCAUUCCCGCCGUGUGCGCCAACAUUGCCAACGUGCUCGGCAGGCCAACCCGAUAUCGCGUGGGAGACAUGUCGGCCAUCCUCAAGCCCAAGGAUGUGACCAACCACACACCCCUUCAAGUCAAUGUCGUGCAACGCGUCACUGGAUCCCCUGAACUCCAUCGCAGCGUUUGCUUUUGCCACGAGUGCCGCUCUAGCUCCAGUAGCAGUAGCAGUGGAAACAAGAGCGCUUCAGAUGGAGAGAAGGGCAAUAUGAACGCGGAGGACAAGGGCGAAAGUAGUGAGGUCUACUCGAGCCCCAACUUUGAUCACCCACGUAAACGCAGCCGCAGCAGGCGCCGCAGUUACUUCCCGUUUGGUGAUCGAGUCCCCCUCCAACUCGGCCAGAUGCACUCAAGCACGCACAAGCCCUCCGCCCUUGCCCGUGCAUCAUCCUCCCUUUCUCUUACUCCUGCAGAGCUUCGCUCCCCUGCCUCAGCCACCACGCCUACUAUUUCCGCACCGCCACCGUUUGUGUAUCUCGCGCCCGGACGCCCGCGCGAGCCAUCAACCCCCACCCCAUCAACGUAA